CUGCUCUUUCCUCCAUCUUUCCAUGCCGCCAUAAUGGUGUGCAUGAAUGUCCUGGCUGAUGCUCUGAAGAGUGUCAACAAUGCCAAAAAGAGAGGCAAACGCCAGGUUCUUAUUAGGCCGAGCUCCAAAGUCAUCGUCCGGUUUCUAACUGUGAUGAUGAAGCAUGGUUACAUUGGUGAAUUUGAAAUUAUUGAUGACCACAGAGCUGGGAAAAUUGUUGUGAACCUCACAGGCCGAUUGAACAAGUGUGGAGUAAUCAGCCCCAGAUUUGAUGUGCAACUCAAAACUCUAGAAAAAUGGCACAACAACCUGCUUCCAUCCCGUCAGUUUGGUUUCAUUGUACUGACAACCUCAGCGAGCAUCAUGGACCAUGAAGAAGCAAGAUGAAAAAACACAGGAGGGAAAAUCCUGGGAUUCUUUUUUAGGGAUGUAAUACACAUGUGCAAAUAAAAUGCC